CUUUGCAGGGUCCUUAUAGCGCGGAGUCGGGCUCUAAAAAAAUUAAGAAGAAAAGAGAAAGAAAAGAGAGGAAUGUCUUUACGUCGCAAAGACUCCGCACGCCGUGCCGAGUGACCGAGCGGAGAGAGCCCCUCCCCCACCCCCACCACCCCACCAGGCGAGACCAUGGAGGAGAUGGACAGCAAACCCUACCAGCCGCUGUCGAAGGGCCGCCACGAGAUGGAGAUGUCCUACACCAGCUCGUCGGACGAGAGCGAGGACGGCCGCGCCCACCACCACCGCUCCUACACGUCGCGCGAGACCCUCCCCGACUACACCCACGAGCUGCGCCUCACCCUCGGGUCGCACCGGGAGAGGCAGAGCAACUACAGCCAACAGCCACAGCCAGAAUUAGACUUCUGCAAAGUCGGUCCAAUGAGGAGCCCCAACUACCACGUCCACCCCCAGCAGCAGCAUCAGCAGCAGCAGCAGGAGGACGAGGAGGAGGCGCUGUGCUCCGGACCGGCCGCCCACGGCCACAGCCGCUACUCCCUGGGCGUGGGCUCCGACGUGGACACGGAGCCCGAGGUGGACCCCUCCCCCGCCCACGCCGGCCUGCAGCACAUGUGGAUGCGCGGCCUGAAGUCCGAGCAGAGCUCGUGCCUGACGAGCCGCGCCAACUCCGCCCUGUCCCUCACCGACACCGAGCACGACAGGAAGUCCGAGCCCGACAACGAGCUGCCCAGCAGUCCCGGUGGUCAGUUCACGUUCCGCCCGCUGCCCCCGCCGCCGCCGCCGCCCCACGCCUGCACCUGCGCCCGCCCGGCGCCCUUCACCCAGGUGAGCCUGCAGAGGAAGACCAUGCCGACGCGGUGCCAGGGCGGCCAGGCGGCGGCGGACGCUGGCUCGGGCGCCGACCCGGCGCAGCUUCACAACAGCUGGGUGCUCAACAGCAACAUCCCCCUGGAGACCAGGCACUUCCUGUUCAAGCAGGGCUCCGGGUCCUCGGCCCUGCUGUCGGGCGCGGGGCAGGGCUACCCGCUGACCUCGGGGACGGUGUACUCCCCGCCGCCGCGGCCCCUCCCGCGGAGCAGCGUGACCAGGCCGCUCUUCACCUUCAACAAGCCUCACCGCUGCUGCAACUGGAAGUGCACGGCGCUGUCGGCCUCGCUGCUCACCCUCACCUUGGCCCUGCUGCUCACCUACGUCAUCGCGGUCCACCUGCUAGGUCUGACCUGGCAUCUGCGGCACGGCGAGAGCCAGCUGUACGAGAACGGCCUGAGCUCGGCGGACCACCAGCAGGAGGACCGCAGCAAGUCCAGACCCACCAGCUCCGUCCACCUGCUGGACGCGCUGAACCCGGAGAACACGCACGGCGCCGACAAAGAGAAAUGGGCGCGCGGCCGCGCCAUCGACCGCGGCGAGGUCGUCGUCGGGACCCUGCAGAGCCAGACGAUCCCGCCGGGACUCUUCUGGAGGUUCCACAUGACCGUGCACCACCCGACCUACAUCAAGUUCAACCUGUCCCUGUCGCACAACGCGCUGCUCGGGGUCUACGGACGCCGGAACAUUCCGCCCACGCACACUCAGUUCGACUUUGUGAAGCUCCUGGACGGGAAGGCGCUGCCCAGGUCGUUGACCGACCCCGUCUCCGCCGCCAAAGCCCCCAAAGGCCUGCUGCUGAGCGGCCUCCAGGAGACGGGCUUCAUCGAGUACAUGGACCCCGGCACCUGGCACCUGGCGCUCUACAACGACGGGCGCAACCUGGAGCAGGUGCUGCUGCACAGCACGCCCAUCGACUCAAUGGACGGCUGCUCCACGGACUGUAACGGGAAGGGGGAGUGCGUGGCGGGUCACUGCCACUGCUUCGCCGGCUUCUUGGGUCCCGACUGCGCCAAAGACUCGUGCCCCGUGUUGUGCAGCGGCAACGGCGUGUACGAGAAAGGGAGGUGCGUGUGCCUGGCCGGGUGGAAGGGGGCGGAGUGCAACGUGGAGGAGGCCCAGUGCAUCGACCCCACCUGCUCCAACCACGGCUCCUGCAUCCAGGGCAUGUGCAUCUGCGGCCCGGCCUACAAAGGGGUGAACUGUGAACAAGUGGACUGCGCGGACCCUCAGUGCGGCGGACACGGCGUGUGCGUGCGCGGCGAGUGCGUGUGCUCGGCCGGCUGGGCGGGCGUGAGCUGCGACGACCCGCUGCCGGCGUGCCAGGAGCAAUGUUCCGGUCACGGGACCUACCUGCCCGAGUCGGACACCUGCGCCUGCCAGCCCAACUGGACCGGACCGGACUGCUACACCGAGCUGUGCCCGGUGCCGUGCGGCGGCCAUGGCGUUUGCUCCGAGGGCGAGUGCCAGUGCGAGGAGGGUUGGAUCGGCGCCGCGUGCGACCAGCGGGCGUGUCACCCUCGCUGUGAGGAACACGGCCAGUGCCACGACGGGACCUGCAUCUGUCAGCCGGGCUGGGAGGGGGAGCACUGCAACAUCGUAACUCACGACCUGGACGUGGUUGUGAAAGACGGCUGCCCCGGGCUGUGCAACGGACACGGGCGCUGCACCCUGGAGCAGAGCGGCUGGCGCUGCGUCUGCCAGGCCGGGUGGAGCGGGCCCGGAUGCAGCGUUGUCAUGGAAACUGACUGCAGCGAUGGAACUGACAACGACGGAGACGGCCUGAUGGACUGCGUGGACCCGGACUGCUGCGAGCAGCUGAGCUGCGGCUCCGACCCCCUGUGCCACGGCUCGGCCGACCCCUUGGCGUUGCUGCAGCAAGGCCCGCCUCCCGCGUCGGCCCCGCCCACCAACACGCACGCCCACAGCUUCUACCGACGCAUCCGCUUCCUGCUCGGCAAGGCGGCCACGCACUCUCUCCCCGGAGACGUGCCCUUUGACACCAGCCGGGUCGCUGUGAUCCGAGGUCGCGUCGCCUUGCACGACGGCUCGCCGCUGGUCGGGGUGAACAUCACCUUCCCGCAGCAUCCCGAGUACGGCCACACGGUCAGCCGGCAGGACGGAAGCUUUGACCUGGUGACCUUGGGCACGAUGUCCGUGACCCUGAUGUUCCAGCGGCCGCCCUUCCUGCCGCAGACGCGCACCAUCUGGACGCCGAACAACAACUUCCUGGUCCUGGACCAGGUGACCAUGUCCAGGGAGGAAGCCCCGACGCCCACCUGUGACGUCCGGAGCGUCCUGAGUCCGUACCCGCUGGUGCUGCCCUACCCGCUGCCGCGCUACACGGGGGCGUGUGCGGAGAAGGGGACGGCGGUGCCCGAGCUGCAGGCGGUCCAGGAGGAGGUUUCCAUCCCCGGGGCCUUUUUCAAGCUGAGCUAUCUGAGCACCCGCUCGGCGGGCUACCUGUCCCUGCUCCGGAUCCUGCUCACGCCGCCCUCGCUGCUGUCCCCCGUCUCGCCACUGGGCGGCCUCUCCAAGGUGCACGUCCGCGUGGCGGUGCAGGGACGGCUGUACCAGCGCUGGUACCCCGCCGGGCCCGGCCUGGUCCACCGGCUGGUCUGGAACAAGACGGACAUCUACGGCCAGGAGGUGUGGGGCCUCACGCACGCCACAGUGUCAGUCGGCUACGAGUACGAGGCGUGUCCCGGAUUCAUCCAAUGGGAGCGGAGGACGGCUCUGAUGCAGGGCUUUGAACUGAUCCCCUCCAACCUGGGCGGCUGGUCUGUGGACAAACACCACGCCCUCAACAUACGCAGCGGAAUUCUCCACAAGGGCAACGGAGAGAACGUGUUCCUCUCCCAGCAGCCUCCCGUCAUCAGCACCGUGAUGGGCAACGGGUUCUACCGGAGCGUCCCCUGCGGUCCGAGCUGCAGCGGCGCCGCCCGCGACAUGAUGCUGUUCGCCCCCGUGGCGCUGGCCAGCGGGCCCGACGGCUCCCUCUACGUGGGCGACUUCAACUUCAUCCGCAGGGUCCACCCCGACGGAUACACCAGAACCAUCCUGGAGCUCAAGAACCGGGACACCCGACACAGCACCAGCCCGGCUCACAAGUACUACCUGGCCAUGGACCCGAUGGGGGAGGUGCUGUACGUGUCGGACACCAGCAGCCGCCGGGUGUACCGGGUGAGGAACCUCGGCCAGCCCAAGGAUCCGUCACGCAACCUGGAGGUGGUGGCCGGCACCGGGGAGCAGUGUCUGCCCUUCGACCAGAGCCACUGUGGAGAGGGCCGGAAGGCGGCGGAGGCGGCGCUCAACAACCCCCGAGGUAUUGCGGUGGAUAAGAGGGGCGUGGUCUACUUCGUCGACGGCACCACCAUCCAGAAGAUUAACGAGAGGGGUCUGCUCUCCACCGUGAUUGGCUCAAACGGACUGAUGGCGACGCAGCCGCUGAGCUGCGACGCACGCAUGGACAUCAGCCAGGUGCGCUUGGAGUGGCCGACAGACCUGGCCAUCAACCCGCUGGACGACUCCCUCUACAUCCUGGACAACAACAUUGUGUUGCAGGUUUCAGAAAACAACCAGGUGCGCAUCGUGGCGGGCCGCCCCAUCCACUGCCAGGUCCCAGGCAUCGACCACCACCUGGUGAGGUGGGCGGCGGUGCGCACCACCCUGGAGGCCGCCAAGGCCAUCGCCCUGUCCCACAUGGGCACGCUGUACAUCGCCGAGACCGACGAGAGGCGCAUCAACCGCAUCCAGCAGGUGUCGACCAACGGGGAGAUAUCGGUGAUCUCUGGAGCGCCCACGGACUGCGACUGCAAGAUAGACCCCAACUGUGACUGCUUCUCCGGAGACGGAGGCUACGCCCGUGACGCCCGCCUCAAAGCCCCCUCCUCUCUGGCCGCGGCCCCCAACGGCACCUUGUACAUCGCCGAUCUGGGCAACAUCCGGAUCAGAGCCGUCGGCCCCAACCAGCCUCAGCCCAGCACGGCUGGACUGGUGGAGAUCAGCUCCCCACUGGACCAGGAGCUUUAUCUCUUCAGCCAGAAUGGAUCCCACAUGCACACCAAACACCUGAUCACGGGCCACUACCUGCACAACUUCUCCUACGUGUCGGACGGCCAGCUGUCGGCGCUGACGAGCCGCGACGGCCGCAGGCUGCAGGUGAGGCGGGACGCCCGCGGCGUGCCGCUCUGGCUGGCGCUACCUGGCGGACAGGUGUACUGGCUGUCGCUUAGCAACAGCGGAACAAUGAGAAAGGUGUCGGCCCAGGGCCACGACAUCGCCCACAUCACUUACCAUGGCAACACGGGUCUCCUAGCAACCAAGAGUGACGAGAACAGUUGGACCACUGUUUAUGAGUACAACAGCGAGGGCCGUUUGACCAACAUCACCCUCCCCACGGGCGAAGUGAGCGGUUUCCACGGCAACCUGGAGCGCUGGUCCCGGGUGGAGGUCGAGUCGUCCACCCGGGAGAACUUUAUCACCAGCACCAACCUGUCGGCCAGCGACACCAUCUACACCUUCAGACAAGACCACGCUCAGAGUUCGUACAGAGUCAGCGCCGACGGCUCGUUCCUCGUGACGCUGCCGAGCGGCAUGGAGCUGUCGCUCAUCACGGAGCCCCUCCUCCCCGGAGGCGCCGGGGGCGGAGUCAGCCCCACGGCCAGCCGCUGCAACAUCAGCCUGCCCGGCGACCACGCGCCCAGCCUGAUCGAGUGGAGGCAGCGGAAGGAGCAGAGCAAGACUAACUACAGCACUUAUGAGCGCAGGCUCAGGGCACACAACAGGAACCUGCUGUCCAUCGACUUCGACCAGAGCACCCGGGUGGGCAAGAUCUACGACGACCACAGGAAGUUCACCCUCCACAUCCAGUACGACCCGCUGGGCCGGCCCGUGGUCUGGUCGCCCAGCAGCAAGUACACCGAGGUGAACGUCAGCUACUCGGCCGGAGGGCUGCUGUCGGCCAUCCGCCGCGGGGACUGGUCCGAGCGGCUGGAGUACGAGAACGACCGCGUGGUGUCCAGAGCCUGGGUCAACGGGAAGAUAUGGAGCUACACGUACGCAGACAAAUCCAUCAUUCUGCUGCUGAACAGCCAGCGGCGCUACGUCUUCGAGUACGACCAGACCAACCGCCUGGUCGCCGUGACGAUGCCCAGCAUGGCGAAGCACACGCUGCAGUCGCUGCUGUCCAUUGGCUACUACAGGAACGUGUACACUCCCCCGGACAGCCAGUCCUCCUUCAUCCAGGACUACGCCCUGGACGGGCGGCUGCUGAGGACUCAGUACCUGGGGACGGGACGCAGCGUCAUCUACAGGUACACUCCAGCAGCGCGGCUCUUCGAGGUGGUUUACGACUCCACCCUGGUGACCUUCACCUACGACGAGGCCUCCGGCACCAUCAAGACCAUUCACCUCACCCACAACGGCUUCAUCAGCUCCAUACGCUACCGGCAGAUAGGUCCCCUGACGAGUCGGCAGAUCUUCCGCUUCAGCGAAGAAGGCCUGGUCAACGCCAGGUUCGACUACAGCUACAACAACUUCCGGGUGACCAGCAUGCAGGCGGUCAUCAACGAGACGCCUCUCCCCAUCGACCUGUACCGAUACGUGGACGUGUCGGGGCGGGUGGAGCAGUUCGGCAAGUUCAGCGUCAUCUUUUACGACCUCAACCAGGUGAUCACCACCCAUCUGAUGAAGCACACCAAGGUGUUCAACUCCUACGGCCAGGUGGUCGAGGUCCAGUACGAGAUCCUCAAAUCCAUCGCCUACUGGAUGACCAUCCAGUACGACUCGACGGGGCGCACCACCACCUGUGACAUCCGGGUGGGCGUGGACAACAACGUGACGCGCUACACGUACGAGUACGACGCCGACAGCCAGCUGCAGAGCGCCUCGGUCAACGAGCGGCCGCAGUGGCGCUACAGCUACGACCUCAACGGGAACAUCAACCUGCUCAGCCAUGGGACCAGCGCGCGCUUGACGCCGCUGCGCUACGACCAGCGGGACCGCAUCACGCACCUCGGCGAGCUGCAGUACAGCGUGGACGACGACGGCUUCCUCCGCCAGCGGGCCAGCGACCUGUUCGACUACAACUCCAACGGGCUGCUCACGCGCGUCUUCAACCGGGCGAGCGAGCACACGGCGUGGUACCGCUACGACGGGCUGGGCCGCCGCGUGGCCGCCAAGAGCAGCCAGGGCGAACAGCUGCAGUUCUUCUACGCCGACCUGUCGCACCCCACCCGGGUCAGCCACCUGUACAACCACAGCAGCAGCCUGAUCACGUCGCUGUACUACGACCUGCAGGGCCACCUCAUCGCCAUGGAGCUGAGCAGCGGCGAGGAGUACUACGUGGCGUGCGACGGCGUCGGGACGCCGCGGGCCGUUUUCUCCAGCAAGGGGCGGCUGGUCAAGGAGAUCCUCUACACGCCGUACGGCGAGGUCUACCAGGACUCCAACCCGGACUUCCAGCUCGUCAUCGGCUUCCACGGAGGCCUCUACGACCCGCUGACCCGGCUCGUCCACCUGGGGAGGCGGGACUACGACACGCUGGCCGGCCGGUGGACCUCGCCCAAUCACGAGCUGUGGGCGGAGCUGAGCAAGGAGCCGGCGCCGUUCAACGUGUACGCCUUCAAGAACAACUGCCCCGUGGGCCGCGUGGAGGAGAUGACCAAGUUCACUACGGACAUUGGCAGCUGGCUGCAGCUGUUUGGUUUCCAGCUCCAUAACGUCGUCCCGGGCUUCCCGAAGCCUGAAGUGGGCCGAAUGGAGCAAACCUACGAGCUGAUGAAGACCCAGACUAAGACGCAGGACUGGGACUCCAGCAAGGUGGUGUUGGGGAUCCAGUGUGAGCUGCGCCGCCAGCUGCGGAGCUUCAUCUCCCUGGAGAGGCUCCCGCUGGUGUCGGAGCCCGUGGGCUCCGCCCGCCACGGCCCCGCCCGCCCGCCGCCCUUCGGCUCGCGGCCCUCUCUCCUCGGCCCCAGCAUCCGCUUCGCCGUCUCCCGCGGCCGCGUCAGCGCCGAGGUCAUCGGCGUGGCCAGCGAAGACAGCCGGCGCGUGGCCGCCGUCCUGCACGGCGCCGUCCACCUGAGCGGCCUGAGCUUCACCGUGCGCGGCUGCGACACGCACCACUUCCUGCAGUCGCGCCCCAUCGAGGAGGACCUGGCGCUGGGCCUCGGGGCCGCCGGCGGCCGCGUCCUGGAGAGCGGCGUCAACGUCAGCGUGUCGCAGAUGAGCGCCGCGGUGAACGGCCGGACUCGGCGCUUCGCCGACAUCGCCCUGCGGCAGGGCGCCCUGUGCCUGUGCGUGCGCUACGGCGGCAGCGAGGAGGAGGAGAGGGCGCGCGUCAGGGAGGAGGCGAGGAAGAGGGCGGUGGAGGGGGCGUGGCUGAAGGAGAGGAAGAGGGCGGAUUUAGGGGACGUGGGGAGCCGGCCGUGGAGCGAGGCGGAGAAGCAGCAGCUGCUGUCUGCCGGACGGGUCCAGGGCUACGACGGCUACUACUCCCUCCCCGUGGAGGGGCAGCCGGAGCUCUCCGACUGCCCCUCCAACAUCCACUUCAUGACUCUCAGCGAGGCAGGGGGGGGCAGGUAACAGAGACACGAGACACGCCCCCCGCCAAAGACGCUCCACUCUGAUUUGUUCUACUGUUUCUAUACCGGAUCAAACACAAAAAAGAAGGAAGAGGACGAAGAAGACGAAGAAGAAAAAGAGCAAGAAGAGAGAUUAGGGGGGGAAAGAGUUAUUUCCAAAUGCCUUUAAUCGUGACAAAAUGAUGGUAUUUUAUUAUUAUCGUCCAGUUCUCCAAUUUCUAACAGUGGCACAAGCGGUGUGUGGUUUGGCUGUGGCUUCGCUUUUUGUAUCCCGACCGACCGACCGACCGACCGUCCGUCGUUUGCUGUUUCGACAAUGUUCUUCAUUUCGGAUUCUCUGGACUGGAGAGACAAAAGACUUUUGAGGAUCGCCAGUGAACGAGACCCUCCUCUUCAUCACGACUCAAAAACUCGAGAGCUCUCCGGUCGCCGUCUGAGUUCCUCCGUCGGUUGACCUCGGAUAUACUAUCGUUUACAUAUUGUGUGAGAGAGGCCUUGGCGACGCUGGCGCUCCCCCCUUCAGAGGAGGAAGCCCCUCCCCCUCCUCUGGUGUGUGUGUGUGUGUGUGUGUGCGUGUGCUCCAACAGUAGUGUGUAUGAGUGUGUAUACUAAGAAUCAAGAAUGUACAUAGCCAGUGCUUUCACACUGAAAAAAAGUGCUCAACUGGAAGUUCUGUUGUUCAUAAGUGUCGGUAUUGUUAAUCAAUAGAAAAAACAGUUACAUUUUUGCAAAGAGUUAUAAAUGCUAUAGUAAAUAUCCUCGCUGAAAGAAUCAAUCUGACUUUAUUGGGUUACAAUGCUGAUUAAAGUUAUUACGUGUGAAUUACCA